GCAGGACUAGCGCACUAUACUCACUAUGGCAUCCACCGCUGCACGGACUCUCUUGGUGCUUGCUAUUUUCUGUGCAUCAAAUCCCGGAUUGACAGCUGACAAGCCUCUGCAGCCACAGAAUGUUCAGCUGGCGUCGGUGGACAAGGGCCUGAGGGUGAGCUGGGACCCUCCCAAUGAGCUGGAUGGCCGGCCAGUAGACAGCUACACAAUUGGCUACGGAAAGUCCAUGAAAACAUUGCGCUUCCUCAAGGUGGACAAGGACAGACGCUCCGAGGUACUGGAGGAUGUAGAGCCUGGAGUUCUGCACUUUGUCAAGAUGAGUGCGGAGAACAAGGAAGGGAUGAGCAAACCUGUGUACAGAGCAGAGACGCCAGGAGGUGGUGAAUGGGUCAAACUGGAUGGCUUCGCAGUGGUGGGUGGGGCACCAGCCAACACCUCUCUAGCUCGACCCUCUCUUACACCAGACACCCGGCCUAGGCAUGACCCUCUUAUAAGGACAGGAGCCAGGGUUAAUGGGGCUCUGCGCCCCUCAGGUCUCACCUCCCCCAGAGGGCAGCGAAUCCGGAGACCUCCCCAGUCAUCCUCUGGUCCUCGUCAGCCAGAGAGGGCCAGAGCAGGGACACCCCUGCUGGACCAGAGGUCCCACCAGUACCACCACACUCAGCCACAGGCAGACCAGAGGAACAGACGCAACCCCAAGCUAGCGUCUGAGUCCGUCUAUGUGGUAUCACUGCAGGCACAGAGAGCCACAGAGCGGAGGGCAUCAAGCAACCGGGCCGCACUGACUAAAAAAUCUCCCCCAGAACCCGAGGAAUACGAGGCUAAAGAUAUCGGUGUGAGGGUCAUGUCCCCUCAAUCUGUCCUUAUCAGCUGGGUGGAUCCAGCCAUCGAGAUGGACAAGGUCCAGCCAGGAGGUGCCAGAUACUACACAGUAAAGUACAGGGAGAAGGGUGAGUCUGCUCGAUGGGAGUACAAGGACACCACCCAGAGAAGACUGCUGAUCGACACUUUGUCAGCUGACGGCAUGUAUGAGUUCUCUGUCCGAAUCUCCCAGGGAGAAAACCAUGGCAAGUGGAGCGUGUCUGUUUUCCAGAGGACUCCCGAAUCUGCUCCCUCUGGUCCACCAGAGAACUUUGAUGUGAAACCGCUGAGAGGGAAGGGAACCGCCGUCACAGCGACCUGGGAUCCCCCUGAGGAACCCAACGGGAGGAUACGAGAGUACAUAAUGUCAUACGCUCCUGCUAUGAAACCCUUCGGGAUGAAGACGGUGACAUAUCGUGGCAGCAUUACUUCAGCCAUCGUAGACGGCCUCAAGCCUGGGGACCGCUACAUCUUCAAGAUCCGGGCCACCAACAGGAGGGGUCAGGGCCCUCAGACCAAAGCCUUCAGCGUGGCCAUGCCUGGAGGCACAGCCAGCAGUGUGGUCUCCUCGCCAGCUCCUCACCUCAAGCCCCAAAGAGACCACAGAACCAGCCACAACCCUUCCAAGACCUCCAAACAGGAUAGUAACCAUGAUGAUGACAUCAACCUCCAAACAGAAGACGUGACCGAGGUGCCGACCACAACCAGUCACACUACAUCCGUGCUCCCUGUGGUCAGAAGGACACGACCCCUCUCCCAGACGCGCUCCUAUCACAGCAUCUUCUCUGAUGUAAGAGGCUCAGUCCGGAACGGGGUGACAAAUCAGCGACUAGGUGGCGGUACUUCUUCACCCAGAGGCAAAGGGAGAGAGACAGAAAGAAAGGCUCAAAAGAAUGAGGACAAAACAACAGAACCCACUCCAGCAGAAAGGAAUGAGGAGAAGCUCACUAACGAGGCUGUGGAGGAGAAAAAAUAUGUUGUUUCUCCAACACCUGAGGAGAAGGACAGAGACCAUGGCAGAGGGAAAGUUUUGCCUGUAGAUGUGACUUCCAACCCCAGCCUCAAAACAGACAUUUCCUCAUCAGAGGGCUCAUUGUCCUCGUCAAAGCCCUCUUAUUCUCUCCGUAAACCUCUCUCAGGCAGACGCGUCAAUUCUGGCAGACGACAAUUCACUCGGAUCCCAUCCAUCUCUGGUUCAGUGUCCCAGACGAAGACACAGGAUGCAGAAAAGGAGAAAAGUACCGCAUCCUCUUCAUCCUCCAGCCCAUCCCAUGGCCAGGAGUCUGCUGCCAUCAGGAAGGACGACACGGUCACCAACUACCCCACGGGCAAAAACACCUACAAUCAGCCCAGUGUCAUGGAGACCAAACUCUUUAGUCCCACUCCAGAUCAGCAUGUUCAAAAACCUCAGACUGAGGCCCCAUCUACGAGUAAAGGGUCCAUUCUGCCGGGCCGUGGAUAUGGUUAUGGUAGGAGGACACCAGGGAUCCAACCUCGAGGGAGUCCAAACAUCCAAAUUCUGACUGGAAUACGCAAACCUGGGUCAGGUUCAACUUCCCAGUCCACUCUACCAACUGAGGGAAAGACCCCGGAGAUGUCACACACUAACAGGGACCACAACCCCAAACUCACAGAGACAGCCAAAGAAGAAGAACCCACUUCCAGUCCCCCAGUCAUUUCCACAACACAUUUCUCAGAGGAAGACAUGACAGAGGAGGAGAACAAUGAGACCCCGGCACCACCUCCCUCCAGGACUAACCCCUUUGUGAACCGUCACCAGAGCAGGUUUGAUACAAGGAGCAGUAGCAGGGUCUCUUCUCCCCGGGCAGACGGGAAGGUUCCCUGGAGCAGGACUGCCUCCUCAUCCUCCGUUGGUGCUGGGAGACCUAUCCUGAGAGGAGGCCUGUCCAGAACGGCUGCGUCAAGGGCCGCAGAAUCCUCUGGAGCUUCGAGGAUUUCAGCAGUUCAGGAAACCAGUGAGGAUUCAAUAACACCCUCCACCCUUCACCCGUUAAAGAACGGCGUGGGGGCUGGAUCGCUUAAAUCCACUCUGCCCAGCAGGAGUGAUGUUCUAGGAGGAUUAAGGAAACCCAUCACCUCUAGUGGUGGUACAGACUCCAGUGAACCAGGUCACAGCGCCAAGAAGGACAGCGGUAUUGACCAUGAGGAGGACUAUUCCUACGAAGGAAGUAAGGAGAUUGAGAGUAAGAAAGUCCCAGACCCAACUCCUGCCCCCAAAACUACUACCACCACUAAGACUACCUCAGCCCCCAGCAGUGGGGUCAGCGAUAGCGUGGACAGGGAUCCUGCGCCUGGUAGAAGCAGGCCUGGUUAUGUACCUGGUUCUACGUUCCCCCGCCGUCCUAUUAUAGGUUCUAAUGGAAGGCUGCGGUCCCCACUGCUCACUAACAGGCAGGCGGGUUCUAGGUUCCCUCUUAGAGCACAACCAGCACAGAACACACAGUUAAGUUCCAAUAACCCAGACACAACAUCUUCCUCAUCCUCUAGUCUGUCUCAGCCAGACCGUGGGAUCAGCACUGGUGCUAGUGUUAGCGCUGGAGGCUCGGGGAUGAGGACGCGCAACCCCAGCCGGUUAGAUCCCUUCAAGGGUAGAACCCCCAGUGGAGGCCUCAAGCCCAGCUACGGAGAUGGUAAAAAUGGCCGACCUAACCUCACAGCAACCAGUGAAAAAGACUCCAGAACAUCUAAUGACAACACCAAAGCUAAUGGGCAAAGACACAUCACUGGGCCUGAUGGAGCCACAUGGGUGGUGGACUUGGAUAGGGGGUUCCUAAUGAACGAGAAUGGCAGAAUUCUGCAGGACUCUCAGGGCCGACCAAGAAGGGUGGUUUUGGGAGAGGAUGGACGCACUAUCUUUGACCACCAGGGAAGCCCCUUGGUAAACCAGGAUGGUCAGACUUUGUUUGGUCAUGGUCGGGAGAGCCAACCGGUGGUCAACCCCAAAGACAAGUUCCUGACCCUGGGUGGCAAACCUGUCAUUGGCCUGGACCGGCCUAAACCCAGAACUACAACCACACCUCCAACUACAACCAUACCCCCUACUACGACCACACCUGAACCAACCACGCUUCCGACCACCACUGAAAUGACCACAGAAGAGAGUACAACCAUGGUUUUCCCGACCUGUCCUCCUGAAACGUUUAUGAUGAGGGAUGAUAGGGGUUUCCCAAUAAUGGAUGCUAAUGGUGUCAUGGACUGUUAUCCUGAAAAUGAGUUGGUGUGGCAGACCACCCUGCCCUCUACAACGUCCUCCACCCUGCCCCCCAUGACCACAACCCCAACCACCACCACAACUGCCCCCCCAACUCCUGAACCAGAGGCCAGGUCCUUCAACAACAGCCCUUCCAAUGAGUUUGACCUCACCGGGAAGAAACGCUUUACAGCUCCAUAUGUGAACUUCAUCAAGAAGGACCCAGGUGCUCCAUGCUCGCUGACCGAGGCUCUGGAAUACCUACAAGUGGACAUCCUGGAAAGCCUGAUGAGUAAAGACAGCCUGACCAGCAAUCAGAAACAACCGCCCAAGAACAAGCCCCACAACAUUACUGUGGUCGCCAUGGAAGGCUGUCACUCAUUCGUCAUUCUGGAUUGGGCCAUCCCACUGAAGGACGACAUGGUGUCUGGCUACAUGGUUCACAGCGCCUCCUACGAUGAUGUGCUUAACAACCGGUGGUCCUCUAGCACAUCCAGCGGCACACACCUGGCUGUUGAAAACCUCAAACCCAACUCCAGGUACUACUUCAAAGUCCAGGCAAAGAAUGUGUUUGGCCUUGGACCGCUCAGCGACACACUCACCUAUGUCACUGAAUCAGACGACCCUCUUCUAAUUGAACGGCCCCCUGAUGGAGAGCCUAUCUGGAUCCCAUUCUCCUUCCGGUACAAUCCCCAGCACAGUGCAUGUAAAGGCAGCCAGUUUGUCAAGAGGACCUGGUACAGGAAGUUCGUGGGCGUGGUCCUGUGCAAUUCGUUAAGAUACAAGAUCUUCAUGGGAGAUGGGCUGAAAGACAUUUUCUACAGUAUAGCAGACUCAUUCGGUAAUGGUGAGGACCAUUGCCAAUUUGUAGACUCUUACCUAGAUGGGAGGACAGGAUCCCCCAACCUCUCAACGUUUCUGCCUACAGCACAAGGUUACUAUCGCUCUUACAGGCAAGAGCCAGUCAGCUUUGGCCCUAUCGGCCGGCGUACGCCACAUCUCUUUGUAGGAUGGUACGAAUGUGGGGUUCCUAUCCCUGGCAAGUGGUAACACUGGGAGUCAAGGAAAUGUUGUCGUCAAGGACAACCAAACUCCAUCCUGCUGCAGCCUCUCCCAUGCUCUCAUUGACCCAGCCCCAUUGAGAUGAACUGUUGCUACCCACAGCAGGAAGACAACAAAACAAAACUUAAAAACUCAUACUGCCUUAGGUCUAAAAGAAUAUAAUACUUUAAAUUACAAUAAUAUUUUUCAUGUAUUCAUUACCAUGCACUUUUAUAAAAGCUGUUUGUAUAUGUGGGGGAAAAAGCAUGUAUUGCUAUUGCUUAGUUUAACUUUUGACUGCCAGAUCGGAAAGUAUCCUUGUUUGUUCCAGACUAUUCCCAAAUAUUUCCCACUAUUCCAUAGUCAGCCCCUGGGAUUAUUUAUCUCAUGAAGUGUGAUCAUGAUGUCACUAAUGAAAUGGGACAUCCCAGACCAAGGGAACAAUUCAAUCAAACCGGCAUUGCAGUAUCACUUUUUAGCAUGGUCAAAUGUAAACACAUAGCAGUCUAUCUUACUGUAUAAAAGCCUAAAACUACUACCAGAUAAUAUUUUUGGGAAUUAGCAGUGUGUGGGCGUAGGAUGAGUGUUGUAAAUAAAGACUGCAUAAAUAUUGGUGGGUUUGAAUGAAUCCUAGCCCAAAAUGUUUUAAAGAGUAAUGAAUGGUAUCAAUGGGAGCUAAGAAUUUGUGUAAAUUAUCAAUCAAGCCGUUUAGUUCACUAGUAUGAAACUACUAUAUGUGCCAAUAGUUUUCUUGAACAUGCAUACUCUGGUAUUUACAAAACUCCUUAAAAUAAAUUGUUUCUGUAUCAUGUAUACAGACAGUUAAUAAAAAUGCUAAAUAUUUGCUCAGGAAUGGUUGGACAUUGAAUAAAGGUGCUACAGAAACCAAGGACCUCCGAAAUGAUUUUGUUUCUGUUGAGGGUUUUCUGAAUGACCACAUUCAAUGUCACAUAUAACACGUGUUUCCAUGUGUAAAACUUUCAAAACCUUUUGAACUUU